UACCGAACCUCAUGUGCAGCAGGGAAACAAUGAGAGAACACGGGCCUUUUGGCCGUUCUGAGCUUCCGUACAGAAGGGGGCGAGUCAGGGCGGAAGUCUCUCCACUGCGGUAUGGGCAAUCGCGGGAAAGACAAAAAACAAACCAGGUUGGACCGAAAACAGUGGAAUACGCCUCAUCGACAGCGCUUGGAUUUGACUCCUAAUCAUGAGUGGCGGGGACCGGUUUGUCCAAACACUAAAAAAACUAAAUUAUCCCAAAGCAGCCCAGCUCGAUGGGGAGGAUUUUGAUUGGCUGUUUGAAGCUGCUGAUUUUAAACCUUUCCUAGACUGGUUUUGUUCUACCACAAGUGAACAGAAUGUGAUGUCUGAGGAAAAACUGCAAGCUUUUAACACACUGAAGGAGUCAGGAAAACCUAUACUGGAUGGAAAGGCCUUAGAUGAAGUACUAAAGACAGUCUCCAGAUCAAAAGCACCUGCUAUAGAAGAAGUGGCCAUAGAGAAACUGGAGGAAGAACUACAAGCUUUGCAGAAUGUAACAAGUCUACAUCUUAGGAGACGGAAUAAGCUUCAGAUGGUGGCGUCCAGCAACAGCCAAACAUGCUUGAAAUCCAAAGAUAAGGAAGAAGAGGAUGGCAGAGCUCUCCACGAAGUACUACGUCUCCUUCAGGUCACAAACAAGAAGCUGAAUCAUGAGCUGCAGAGUGUUGUUGAUGGUGUCCAGAUGCUAAUGUCCUUCUUUGCCGUUCCCGAAGCAGUCGGUGAGCUGUCACAUCAGCCCAUAUUCCUGUCUCAGGUCCUCCUUGAUAAGUACCUGUCACUUGAGGAACAAAGCACGGCUGCACUUGCCUCUUUUACCAAGGAACAUUUUUUUGAGGGCAUGUCUAAAUUAGUUGAAGGCUCUGACAAGGACUUCCAGCUGGUUCAACUGAAUGUGAAUGGCUCAGGGGAAGAUGACACACUUGAGGACAAGUGCAAAGAGAUGAUGAGACUUCAGUUGACGUAUAUUUGUGCCAAGCACAAGCUGAUCGAAAUGAAGGCUAAAAGUGGAAGUUUGAAAGUCGGCCUACAGUGGGCGGAAAAUAAUGCCUGUGCCAUGCAGGAUAAGUCAUCUCGGAAAGAAGAGAACCUCAAAGCAAGAAUCACAAGUUUAAAAAAUGAGACUUUACAAAUUGAGAAGCACAUGGAUACAAUUACCAGCGAGAAGCUUCCUGGCUUGGUGCGGGAGAAUGCCCAGCUGUUAAAUAUGCCUGUUGUGAAGGGAGACUAUGACCUACAGAUGGCACAUCAGACCCUGUGUUCCUCUAGACAAGACCUGGUGUGUGACCACCUUAUGAAGCAGAAGGCUGCCUUUGAACUCCUUCAGCUCGGAUAUGAGCUGGAACUGCAGAAGCACAGAACUGUGUAUCGGGAGCUAGGAAGCAUCAUACAAGGACUACAGGAAAGCAGCAAUAAACUGGAGGAAAGGUUAACGAUGAUAUCCAACGUAGACUUGCUGUCCUCCUCCAAACCCCGAAGCAAUAUUGAUUCUAAGGAUUUAGCUUCCCAUAGAUUGUACCAGCUGCUGGAUGGAGACAACACUCAGAAACUGUUCAGAACAUACGAUGGUUUGGAAUCGGUGGCCCAGAAGUUAACCCAAGACAUUGCUUGCCUGAGGGAUCAGCUGGAGGUUUCUGAGCAAGAGCAUUCCCUUCUGUUUUCCACUCUGGACUCAGAUCUGAAGGAACUCCACAACUUUAUGUAUCCUGAAGGAAACGCCCUAUUGUUAACCACCCCGGAGCUUUCAGGUCAGUUUCAUGAGUUCGAGUCCCAGUUGGAGAAACUAAACCGCAUCACAGUGGAAAUCCUGGGAGAUGUGCAGCUGAAGAGGAAGAUACUGGAGUGCAAUAAGCUGCAGCAGAUAGAGAAGCAGUUGUAUGUGUAUUUCUUUCAAAAUGAGGAGCAUCUCAAGAGCAUUGUGGGGAAACUGGAGGCCCAGACAGGCGGCGGUACUUCUGCAUAAAGUCCACUAAUCAGCAGCUGAAACCCAGUGAACUCUAUCAGGUCCCAGAUUGAUUUUUAAUGAAGUUUAUAGGUUUUUUUGUUUGUUUUUUUUAACCCUCAUAUAUUUAUUGAUGUAAAUAGGAUUGCCCUGUGAUACUGGUAAUGCGGUAUUAGAGGCUCCAUAACAAUUUUUUUUAUAGCAUUUUAAUCUACACUGCUCACAGUUUAUAGAAUAUUUUAUUUUUCAGAAGCUCUGCUAACACGUGGGGUUAGGGUUAACAAUGAAAGUGACCUUUUUUUAAUUCAUUUCUUUUAGUUUAAAAGUAAACAUUUUUCUUGGAGAAAUGAGAUCAGCAGAUUAAGUGAAUGUGUAUUUAUCCAUUAUAUCUAUAACAUGGGCAGUAUUUGUACUACUGCCAGUUCCUUCACUGUCUGGUUGCUGUUCCAUGCAUGCAGCUAAAGAAGUAAGGGAUCCAGAAGGUAAGAAAAGAUUGCGUGGGUCAGAACUUUUACUCUGCUGACCUGCUGUAUAUGAGAAAGUGUACAGUAGCCCUAUGAAGUAGCAGUAACCAGUACAGAUAAAAUGAAUACAGCUCCACCGAAUGCAGGCAAUGUUGUAUUCAUGGGGUAUAUGCAGCUCUCCAGAGGCCUGUGGUAAUUCUGUGUAUGAACAUGCCAGUUUGCCCCUUUUUUUAAACUUUGCACCCUAUGGGUCACUUAGUAAAUUACCGCUUAAAAUUCGAUAUAGAUAUACAAGUAAUGUCCAGAUCACAAGCCAGCAGCAGCUGUUACAACAGUGAGCUCUGGCUGAGGAUGCUGGGAAAUGUGUAUGCAUUUACUAUAAAUAUAGAACAAAUGUUUCACGGCACCAAAGGAGCAUUUGCUCAUAGCUGCUAAUAAAAUUAAAUGUAAGUAUAAAAUAGGGUUAUCUAUGUAAAUGCACGUUUCUAGGCCACCAUGCACUUAGGCGCCAGGUUCCAGGCCUGACCUUAUUACGUUCCCAAGCAGUUAAUGAGAAACCGAUGAAGCAGCGACCGACGACCUCCAGCACUUCCCUGAAAUCUUCCAGUAUGUGGAACCGUCGGAUGGUUUCUCGUAAAACGGGAUUCUGUGCUGUGAGGCUUCUUGUAAACCUUCCUCAGCUCAUAAAAUGGAAUCGGCAGGGGGGUCUGAACGUGCAGGGAAAGCGUUAUUUAGAAACAAGCAUGGAAUGGAAAAAUCAAGGGUAAUUGUCAGGCUUAUUCUAAUGGGAGAGCCCCGAGGCACAGUGUAACUGCAGCUCCUUCCAAUAAAUCUUAUUAUCUGAAA